UAGCUUGCGUAGAGGAAAACUACAAGGCAAUGGAACUGUUGAAGUACCUCAUAAUCGUGGCGAUGGCUAUUUUCCUCAUACAACUUAGUGUCGGGUUAAAUCCUUUGGACUUUACUAAACCAAGCAAGGAAGUUGGAAAACGUCUGCGAUUGAAAAAGUUGCCAGGAUAUCCGCAUGAGUACGGCUUUGGCUACUACUAUCAAGGAGAUAUUCUUCUGAGACCGGGCAAAAAAAACCGAUUUGCCAUUACUAGUUCAACGAACUACGAUGUAUGGCCCAAUGCCACAGUGCCUUAUGAGAUCGAGGCCGACUUCACUGAUGAAGAAACAGAAACUCUUCUGGCGGCAUUUGCACAGUUUGAGAGUAGCACCUGCGUUCGGUUUGUGCAGCGCACAGAUGAGUCGGAGUAUGUGACGAUCAAGAAUAACGGAGAAGGAUGCUAUUCUUAUGUUGGACGAGAUUCCGAUCCGGCCUACAACACGCUCAAUCUGCAGACACCCGGUUGUAUGAAUAGCGUCAGUACGCCAGUGCACGAAUUGAUGCAUGCCAUUGGAUUCAUGCAUGAACAGUCCCGUCCUGAUCGUGAUACUUACAUUCAAUUCUUCCCCCAAAACUUGGCGCCAAAGUAUCAAAAUGCUAAUUUUAUAAACACCAACUUUGCAAUAUAUAAUGGAUCUAGUACAACCUACGGCCAGCCAUACGAUUUUGUCAGUGUGAUGCACUAUUCACGCUUUGCCGCUGCUGCCACAUCGAUCUUUCCGGUGCUGGUAAAGAGGAACGAUACCCAGGCUGAAUUAGGUAAUGAUGAUGGACUGUCGGCUGGUGAUGUGGCACAGGUCAUGGCCCGUUAUUGCCCGGAUGAUUGAUGAGAAACAAUUGAUUUGCACGGCACGAAAUAAACUUAACUACAAGGUUGCAAUUCAUUCAAACCUUUGUAUCGUUAAUUACCACUGAUGGUGUUCAUUGUCACGGAUAUUGCGGUUCCGCUUUUCAUCAUUCACCAACGCUGCAUUGAGGGAAGAAUGUUACCCGCGUCCUAUAGGUGUCCCAACACCACGACAACGUGUUCCAUCCCCAAGCUCCAUUCCUAGCAACAGCAAAACGCCUGAUAAUACCACUUCGCAUUGGCGCAAACCAAUUUACGCAUCUACAUAUGGGUGCUAACGAUGUACAAAAACUCACUAAUUCGGAGUCAUACUUUCCACUGAACGAACGCAUCGAUUCUUCACAUUUUAUGGUCCCGACUCUUCAAUUCAAUUUUCUUAUUUUAUGCUCCCGACUCUUCAAUGGGUCGAUUAAUACUCAUCGCACAACUCAUAGAGCUCGUCACUAUAGCGGCUCCUCCAUUUUCUUUCCAAAAUAGCCAAAAAUCCCUAUUCGUAUCUUCCUCUCGAUCACUGCUGAAAAGGUAUCGCCUCUUUUGGACAGACUUUCUUGUUUCAGCGGCCUAUGUGAGCCCUGAAAAUAUACAGAUUCUUUAUGAUGCCAGCUUCGAUCGUCGCGACAGGUGUUUCGCACGGAGAAGAAUCGUCAG